AUGAUUAGAUCGACUGUUCGGCUGGCGCCACGAGGAGCAAGAUUUAUCACCAACAACAGUGGCUCUGCCGAGACUCUGCGGGUGGCCGACGAGAAGCUGGCCCAGAUUCUCACCGGCGGCUCCACGUCCGGAGCACACACCUCCAUCAAGGAUCUGAACAAGCGAGCUCUGUACAAGAGUCCCCCUGGUCUGGAUGCAAUCUUCCCCGCUGCUCUGAAGAUUGUCGAGGAGAAGAGCGCUGCCAUCAAGAAGCAGGCCGAGGAGAUUGCUAAGGAGUUCGAGGCUUCUGGAGACAAGGCUCUCAAGGACCAGUACAUCAAGCUUAUGGGCAAGGCCGAGGUCCACAACCCCCAGGUGAUGAUGAACCACGUGAACGGCAAUGUCGAUAUGAAUCACCCCGUCUACCGACAUCUUGCCGAGGCCGACUACAAGAAGUACGAGCAGAUUCUGCUGGUCGAGAGUCUAGAGACCAUGCAUGUCAUUCCCGACACCAUGCCCGUGAUUGACGCCAAGGCUCGAGUUCGAGUCAACUUCCCCGGCAACGAGAAGGGCAAGUGGAUCACUCCCGGAACACUGCAAUCCACCGAGCUCACCUCCGAGCUGCCCAUCGUCGAGAUCCAGGAAUUCGAGGACAUCCCCAAGGACUCCAAGUACACAGUCCUGCUGGUUGAUCCCGACUACCCCGUCCCUGAGACCGAGUCCUUUGGUACCAAGGUCCACUGGGCCGUGUCCAACGUGCCCAUUUCCGUCGAUCAGCCUCUUGUGAAGCCCGAGCUCGGAGACACUCUGGUCAAGUAUGUGCCCUCCACCCCCGAGAAGAACUCUGGAGACCACCGAAUGUCUCUGUGGGUGUUCCGACAGGACGGUGACGUCAAGGACUCUCUUUCGCAUUCCGACUUCUUCGACAUCCGGGGCUUUGCCGACAAGCAUAAGCUGACCUCUGUGGGCGCUUUCUUCUGGCGAAACCGGUUCGACAUGUUUGCCGAGAGCCUGCGGGAGAAGUUUGGCCUUGGAAGCGGCCGAGUGUUUGGAAUGUCCAGAACUGGCGAGGACGUUCCCCGAUAA